GGGUCGGGGCUCCGAGCAGGGCCGCACCCCGAGGGCUCGGGCGGGCCUUGGAGGGUCCACGUGGACCCCGGAACUGGCAGGGGGCCCCUGCGCGCCCGUGGGGGAGGGGAGGGGGCGCCGGCGCGGUUCCCCUUUUUGCGCCGCGCGCGCAUCCUGGGGAAGUAAGUGCCCGCUCGCUCGCUCGCAGGAGGGGCCGGAAGAACCCAGGUUUCGUGCACCCCGCCGGGGAGGGCCUAAGCGUUCCCCCUGCGCGCCCCCCAAAAUCCCUGCGCCCCCCUGGACCCCUCGCCCCCGGGCCCCCGGUGAGUGGACACCCCUGUCUGUGGUAAGGGUCCCGGAACCAGUGCCACGGAGCCACCCAUCCAUGCCUACCCCACAAGAGGAGAAGCAGCAGCACCCUGGGCCAGAGGAAGCGGCCCAGCCCCCGUCCAUGUCCAGUGAUGCUCGCCCACCGCCAGCGGCCCCCAGCCGCAACCCCUGCUGCCUAUGCUGGUGCUGCUGCUGCAACUGCUCCUGGAAUGAAGAGAGACGCCGGGCAUGGCGGGCCUCCCGCGAGAACAAACUCCAGCCCCUACCCAGCUGUGAAGCGUGUGCCACCCCAAGCCCGGAGGAGGUGCAGAGCUGGGGACAGUCCUUCGACAAGCUGAUGCACAGCCCGGCGGGCCGGGGUGUGUUCCGCGAGUUCCUGCGCACCGAGUACAGCGAGGAAAACAUGCUCUUCUGGCUGGCCUGCGAGGAGCUCAAGGCGGAGAACAGCCAGCAUGUGGUGGACGAGAAGGCGCGGCUCAUCUACGAGGACUAUGUGUCCAUCCUGUCCCCUAAGGAGGUGAGCCUGGACUCGCGUGUCCGAGAAGGCAUCAACAGGAAGAUGCAGGAGCCGUCGGCGCACACGUUCGACGACGCGCAAACGCAGAUCUACACGCUCAUGCACCGGGACUCCUACCCCCGCUUCCUCAGCUCUCCCACCUACCGAGCCCUGCUGCUACGCGGGGACUCCCCCGCAGCUGCCAGCGAGGCAUAGUGGCUGCCGGGACACCCACAGCGAGGCUGUGCCCAGGCCUGCUGCCCUGAAGCUGCAGGAGGCACCCAGCAACUCCUGGGGGGAGCCCCUCCAUGACAGCCUGGCAGCCCCAGGGACCCACCUGCCUGACUCAGGCCUCCUCCCCGGCGAAUGGGCCUUGGGAACCCCCUGGUGGAGAAAGGACCGCAGUACUGUUCAGCUUUGUGAUGGGGACACCCUGCGGCCUGAGCUGCAACCCAGGGCCCGAGACAAGCCACGGGACCCAGCUGACUUCCUGUCUCCACCUUCACGCUGUUGUUUUAUCAAAAGAGAAAAGUUUUCAGAUCUC